AUGGUUACAAAGUUCUACCAGCAUGCCCUUGCCGUGGCCUUUGCUGUGAAGGAGAUCAAUGAGGAUCCCCAGAUCUUGCCUAAUGUUACGCUUGGAUUCCAUAUCUACGACAGCUACUAUGAUGCAAAGAUGACUUAUCGGACCACCUUGGACCUGCUCUUCAAAUCAAGGAGCUUUCUUCUCAACUACAAAUGUACUAGACAGAAGAACCUGAUAGCCAUCAUUGGAGGACUUGGUUCUGAUACCUCUUUUUACAUGGCAGAUAUCCUUGGUCUCUACAAGAUUCCACAGCUCACCUACGGUGCACUGGUCCCUGGGAAGGUUGAUUCCACUCUGGUCCCUUCAUUGUAUUCCAUGGUCUCCAACGAAGCCAAACAAUACUUGGGGAUUCUUAAAUUGCUUCAACAUUUUGGAUGGACCUGGAUCGGGAUCUUCACUCAUGACAAUGACGAUGGACAGAAGUUCCUACAAACUCUGGAAGCUUUGCUUUUCCAGAAUGGCAUUUGCACAGCUUACAGACAAAAAAUCCCACAGCGCAUCCGUUUGGAUAACUUUGAAGAAAUGAUGGAAAUAACCUCAUAUAACAAUGUAGCUUUAACUGAUCACAAAACCAAGGUGUUCCUCCUCUAUGGAGAAUCAGUGACGCUGGUCCAGCUGAGAUUCAUUCUAUUCCUACAAGACCCCAGAAAUAAAUUAAAAGAUUCAUUUAUGAAAGUAUGGGUCAUGACAAGUGGCAUUGAUUUCACACUAUCCUUCCUGCAAAGAAGUUGGGACCUGGAUUUUUUCCAGGGUGCCAUUUCCUUUACAUUUCACUCAAGAGAUCUUCCAGGGUUCAAUAAGUUUCUUGAAGGCAUAAAACCAUCCAAGACCAAAAGUCAGGGCUUCCUGAAGGAGUUUUGGGAGCGAGCAUUUGACUGUACUUUUCCAAAUCCUGAUAUGGAAAUAGAGAAGAAUGAAACGUGUACUGGAAAAGAGAGAUUACAGGACCUCCCCGGGCCUCUAUUUGAGAUGGGAACCACUGUACAUAGCUACAGUAUCUAUAACGGUGUUUAUGCAGCAGCACAUGCUUUGAAUGCCAUGUUGUCGUCUCAGUCCCAUCAGAGAUCCUUCAGGAAGGUGAAAACUGCUGAACCUUUUGUGCUGCAACCUUGGCAGCUCCAUCCGUAUCUUCAAAGGGUUUCUUUCAACAAUUCUGCUGGUGAGACAGUGUCCUUCAAUGAGCAAAAGGAAAUGAGAGGUGGAUUUGACGUUGUGCACAUGGUCAUUUUUCCAAACAGGUCCUUCGAGAGGGUGAAAAUUGGAUGGAUAGAUCCAAAUGGACCCCAAGAAGAUGAAUUUGUCAUCAGUGACAAUAGGAUUUUGUGGCCUAGAGCUUUCAAUCAGAUGGUCAUUUUUCCAAACAGGUCCUUUGAGAGGGUGAAAAUUGGAUGGAUCAAUCCAAAUGGCCCCCAAGAAGAUGAAUUUGUCAUCAGUGACGAUAUGAUUUUGUGGGAUAGAGCUUUCAAACAGGUCUGUCCCCUUUCAGUGUGUAAUGAACAGUGCCAUCGUGGAAAACACAAGAAAAAGAAGGAAGGGGAAAAAUUUUGUUGCUAUGACUGUGUUCCUUGCCCUGAAGGGGAGAUUUCAAGCAAAACAGAUAUGGAAAAAUGCUUCAAAUGUCCAGAAGACCAAUACCCAACCAAAGGAAAAGAUGACUGCAUCCACAAAGUUGUAACAUUCCUUUCUUACAAGGAACGUCUAGGGUUUUCUUUGGCCUCCGUUUCUAUUUCAUUAUCGGUGAUCACUGCUCUCAUAUUAGGAAUAUUUCUUAAGCACAGAGAUACCCCUCUGGUCAAAGCCAACAACCGGGACCUCACCUACAUUCUCCUUAUCUCCCUCCACUUCUGCUUUGUGUGUCCUCUCCUGUUCAUUGGUCAACCCAGUGAAGUCACUUGCCUUCUCCGACAACCAACCUUUGGCAUCAUCUUCUCCGUGGCUGUUUCUUGCAUCUUGGCCAAAACCUUCACUGUGGUUGUAGCCUUCAUGGCUACCAGGCCAGGCUCCAAUAUGAAGAAGUGGGUGGGAAAAAGGAUGGCAACCUCCAUUGUCCUUUUCUUCUCUCUCAUCCAAGUUAGCCUUUGUGCCAUCUGGCUAGGAUCUUCCCCUCCAUUCCCACAGUUGAACAUGCAUUCUGUGACCGAGGCCGUCAUCAAUGAAUGUAACGAAGGCUCUCUGGUCAUGUUCUCCUGUGUCCUAGGCUACAUGGGCUUCCUGGCUCUUGCUAGCUUCUUUGUGGCCUUCUGUGCUCGCAGAUUACCGGACAGCUUCAAUGAAGCCAAAUUCAUUACCUUUAGCAUGCUGGUAUUUUGCAGUGUUUGGGUGCUAUUUGUUCCAACUUACCUGAGCUCCACGGGAAAAGCCUUGUUGGCUGUGGAGAUCUUCUCCAUCUUAGCUUCUAGUGCUGGAUUACUGGGCUGUAUCUUUUUCCCUAAAUGCUACAUCAUUAUAUUGAGACCUGAGAUGAAUACCAAGGAUCAGCUAGUAAGAAGAAAGAACUGAAGAAUUCAAUUCCUUUACUUUCUGGUACAAUGUUGAUUAGUACGUGUAAGAUUUUGGGAUCAAAAAUUCAUUGUAAUAUCAUAUAUCUUUUCCCCUAAAUGCUACAUUCUGUUGAGAUCUGAGCUGAAUACCAAGGAUCAGCUAAUAAGAAGAAAGGAUUAAAGUAAUGUUGCCCAACAUGAGGAAAUUCCAGGUAUAUGAACUUCUGGAAUAAUCAUUAAUAGCAACGAUAGUUGCAGAAUUCUGGAAUCUGUAGUGCACCCUUCUUGGAGUUGAGAAACACUGCAUGAAUGGAUUUUCUUUUAUUAUCUGUUGUUACUACAUUCAAAUUGUCUGUAUAAGAUUUGGGGAUUAAAACAUUUAUUGUCUGAGCCAUUG